AUGGAUGAAGAAAGUGAAAUAGAGGUUAAAGAAAGUGAAAUGGAGGUUGAAGAUAGUGAAAUGGAUGAAGAAGAAAGUGGUAUGAACUAUUGUCAAAACACUGCUUAUGUGGACCGUGAGGCUAAAUAUAUUAAUGUUUAUGAACCUUCUGACCCAUCUGAAGAAAAAUAUAGUGAUGAUGAUGGCAAGGACAUGGACUAUAUACCAGACAGUGAAAUGGAUGAAGAAGAAAGUGAAAAAUAUAGUGAUGAUGAUGACAAGGACAUGGACUAUAUACCAGACAGUAGCGAAGAAAGUGAUGUGGAUGAAGAACGUAUUUCAAACAGCCGUAAAGCAAGGAUUCAAUUUGUGAACAUUGAUGAGCCACGUUCUUCAUCCUAUGUGGACAGACUUAGAGAAAUAUAUACUUUUGAACCAGACAUUGACAUUGACAGUGAAAUCAGCUUGCAAGAGAGUGAACACAAGGAAACCAAUAAGGAUAAAGGAAGUCAAAUGCAAGGAAUGUUGUGUGGCUUUGAUGAAAAGACCAUGAAAUAUGUUACACCUUCACUUGCUAACAAAAUUGGACAGUCGCUUCACAAAGUUGCAAAACAAGUGCGGAUUGAUGCUUUGUCCAGCAGGGACAAAGACCUCCAAGAAAAAGCAGAACAUUAUUUCAUAGUUUACAAAGAAGAAUGA